AUGCUAGUGACAAGAGUAUUACCAAGAGUUACAAGACAAGCAAGUCAAACAAUACUGAGAAGCUCUACAGCUGUGCUCUAUCCAACACAUCUUUUCCAAAAAUAUUCAACAUCAAAUGUAACAAAUGAAGUUACAAACAAAAGAGCUCCAACAUCAUUAGGUAACACAACAAGAAGUUUUUUGAAUCAAGAUGCUCCAGCUAAAAUGAACAUAAUCAAUAAGAAAUACACAGAUGAAGGGAAACUACUCUCUAUGGAUUUAACAGAUCGUGCAGUGGAAAGAUUACAACAAAUUGUUAAAGAAGAAUCAAAUCCAGAAGUUGCACUUAGAGUGAAUGUUGAAAGUGGUGGUUGUCAUGGAUUUCAAUAUAACUUACAAUUAUCUGAUACAACAACCAAGACUGAAGAUGAUUGUAUAUUUGAAAAAAAUGGAGCAAAAUUAAUCAUUGAUGAAAGUUCUUUAAAUAUUUUGAGAGAAAGUAAAAUUGAUUAUACCAAAGAAUUGAUUGGUAGUAUGUUUAAAGUUGUUGAUAGUCCUUAUACCACUUCAAGUUGUGGAUGUGGUGGUAGUUUUGAUUUUGAUUUUUCUAAAUUGGAAGGUUGA